AGAUGACCCGAGACUGACGCGGUGACGCCAUCAAUGAGCGCCAUCAGCCCGGAUUGUUGUUUCUUCAAAUCGUGGUUAGACGAAACUCAGUUUGUUAUUUCAUUGACAAGGUACAGUAAACGAUGUUUCCUUUCGUCUUUCGUCGGGAUUUUUUAAGUUAUUCUCCGUGUGACUAUAAAUGACAAAGUGCAGCCCGUUUUUCGUCCUUAAACGGCUCGAACUUCCUCCUGAAAAUGGAGGAAAUGUGUGCUGUCGUUGCUUUGUGUUUUCGACUGUUUGCAGCGAGCUAACCGAGCUAGCUUCAGUGAAAUAACUUAUUCAUGCAAAACCUUUAAAAUUUAACCAUCUUACACGGUUUAUUACAUCUCACUGUGAACAAAUCUUACAUUAGUUCUUCCGUCGGUUGUGUGUAUCGUCCUUUUGUUUGGCGACGAGCGUCAGGUUAUCUUAUCUAACGUGUUCUGCAUGAAACUUCUGCAACUUAUUCAAUAUAAGGGAAUCGAGAAGACGCAGAUGAAGGUGCUAUUAGUGUGCAAUGCAUCCAAAAACAUUACUCUGCAUGCAUUUGUUAUUUGCAGUUUAAUUUGUGUUAAAAGUUGCAGCUACGGUGCUAAUGUCAGCUAACUUGGAUUUGUCUCCUUCAAGAUAAUGCACCUCUACAAAGCACUGAGUUCUGUUUACAUGUAAAUAAGUGAUUAAAUACCAACUAAAACUAAUGCAGAAGGGAUUUCUAUCAUGCAAUCAACAAGUUAAUUAUUUCUUUGGUCUCAUCAUGUCAUUAAACUGAGAUCGACCUUAAGAUUACAGAUCCAGAGCAGAUGAUCAUUUCUGUUGUGUGUCCUCUCCUUGGUCAAUGUGUGUAUCCUUUUAGCAGAAUGAGGGUAAAUCUAAGAUGACAUAGACAAUGUCUGAGUGAUUUUACUGGAUCAUACGCCCAAGAGAAGAUCUGCAACUGAAUGAAAGGACUAACCAUAGAAAGACUGAUCAGGAGAUACUUUACCAUGAUCUAGAUAUGAAGGUCUUUACUCAACUGUUGGUCUAACCGAGUCUGAUAUUUGGUUAUAAAAUGGUCCAACUACAAACCAAAUGUUUUAGCUUUUAUUUAAAUAACAAUUGCUUUUUUAGAUUCAAUACCAUCAAGAUGUUUCGAAACAGGAAAGGGGCAGCAAAACAUGAAAACAGUUUUGAAAUGUUAACCCUCCUCCUGUGUUAGGGUCUGCACGACCCGUUUUUGUUUUUAAAUGCUUAAAAGAACCACUUAAAUUAGCUUUUUUUUUUUACUUUGUCAGGAACCUCGAUUUCAACAAAAUAAAAAUAAAAAAAUUCAAUUGACUAAAUUAUAAAAUGCUUUUAUUAAAAUUAUGGCACAUGUCGUGUUAUGAAUAGAGCAAAACUAAAAUCAUAUGUACACUGUCAGGCACCACACUGACAGUCAGAUCCUCUUCCAAUCAUGUGAGAUUUAGGAAAUUCUUAUUUUGCCUGUUUUUUUCCUGAAAAAAAAAACAACAUCAGACAUGUCUGGACAUAUGAAAUCAGUUCAGUAUAGAUGUCUGUAUGAGGGGUAUACUGACAGAGAAAGGCUCAGAAACCCACAACAAAAAAUAUUAUUAGCAAUAUUUUCUGGAUAAUGAAACCUAACAUGGUAACCUAGAGAUGAGAACCAACUGAGAUGAUAGAGACUUGUCUUUAGUGUAAUUUACAGCUGAUUAAAGACACGGGUCAAAACCAACUCGUUAACGUAGCGGGCGCAUAGUAAAAGCUAACACAGGAGGAAGGUUAAAUUAAAGAAACUCCUCAUGCAACAAUACUGUGUACCUGUGAUUUUCUGGUCCUCAGGCUGCACUGUAUUGAAACAAGUGUAUCUCUGUAAUGGAACAGCUGCACAGGCUCAAAAUGAUAAAAACACUGAACAAAAUAAUACAUAUGUACACCAAACAACUGUACAUGUCAAAGAUAAAUUUACACGACAUAUGUAUGUCAAAAAUAAACAGUUUGAGAAGGAACAGAAAGAAGCAAAAAGCUAAUUGAGUCCUGCCCCUUCCUUGCAAAUUAAUGAUGAAAAAAAAUCCAAUCGUAUAAAUCACAACGAUCUGUAUAAAUACCUACAUAUUAUACACAAAGAUAUCUGCUCAACACUACAUAGGUUACUUAUUAUAAUGAUUUGCAUAUUAUAAUAAUAAUCAGUGUUAUAAUAUUCAGAAUUAAUAUUACUUCUAUGCAAUCAAGUAUAUUUAGUAUAAACCAUAUUUUUGUUAGUUUACUAAUAUGAAUCUUUUAAUACUUCUCUAUAGUUUAUGAUAUUGGACAUAUUUAAAGUGACAUCCAGGCUGUUCCAGAGUUUAACAUCACAAACAGAAAUGCACAGACUUUUCAGAGUUGUGUAGACAAUCAGACAAAUAGAUUUAUGUUCACCCCUUAGAUUACAGCCCCCCUCUCUGGUUUUGUAGGUUACCAGGUAACUUACUUUGUGUUCCUUUGUACAGCACUUGGGCCGUUUUAAAAUUGACUAUGUCAUUAAAUUUUGACAAUUUUGAUUGUCUGUAAACGCAAUGCUGGAACCUUAAAUUGGGGUUAAAAUGAGGCGACCAGUUAAUCAGGCUGACUUGACAUUGACCAAACUUGGCUCUCAUAGAAAUCAUGGAUGCCAAGUUCUCUGUUCUGAAGAGUGGAGGGACCACUUACUUUGUUAUCAGCGCACACUUACAAAGGCUGACUCAUGAUGGUAUGAGGAUGCAGAAGUGCUCAUGGUUUGGCUUAAACAUCUUUUGAGGCUCCGUUUAUGCCUAACAAUAUAAACAGGUUUUGGAGAAGCUUAUACUUCCAUCCUGACAACAGCUUUAUCAGGGCGGACCUUGUAUAUUUCAGCAAGACAAUGACGAACCACAUUCUGGGAAUAUUAGAACAGCAUGUCUCUGUUAUUGGAGAGUCUGGGUGCUCAACGGGCCUGCCUGAAGUCCUGAUUGUGACCCACUGAAACUAUUUGGCACAUCAUGAAACAAAAAACCAAACUAAGGAGACUCUGAACUGUUGAGUCACUGAAAUCCUCUGUCAGGCAAAAUGGCGAAAUAUUUCCCUGAAAAACUCAAGACAGUGGCCUCCUUGAUUUAGAUGUUAAAUGUUUAGAGUGCUAGAAAGAGAAGAGGUGAUGCAGUAUAAAGUAAACAUGAACCAUGUCCCCACAAAACUUAAUUUUCAGUUUCAACAUUUGACAUUUUGUCUUUGCACUUUUUAAAAUCUAAAGCUCCUGUGAAGCUUUCUCAAAUGAUCAUAAAAUAGCCUGAAACGAGCCGUUUUACCUUGUAGUAUGUAAUGCAUGAAAUUGGUGUGAAGUGGUGGGUGUCAGCAGAGGCCGUACAGUUUCCACAUUUAAUAUUCACAAAAAAUGAUACAUGUGACUGACUGUGAAGGAGCUGAAGUACAAAAUAUGAGGAAAAACUAUUCUAUCAACAGCUCCAGAGAAACCUGGUUCAUGCAGUUUUUAAUUGAUUAUCAGAAGAAGAUGGCGUCCUUGAAAUGGACUUUGUCCGCUCUGCUACUUGCAGUUUGAUAAAGUUUAGGGUUUAUUUCCAUAAAAAAAAAAAUUAACAUUAAAGCGUCAAAAACCUGAGUGUUUGUUUAAAUAUGUUGAUUAUGUUUUGAAAUGCUUUUCCUUAUUUGAAGUGAAAUAUUCUUCGAAGGAGUGUCCUGCCAAAGAAAGGCAGAAGCCCUUUUUACAAAGUGAAGGCACAGACUCAAACUUUACAGUCAGAGGAGUUUCCUCUUCAUUGUCUCCUCUUUUUUUCACUCUUUUUCUUUUGUUUUUCCUUCAUGCUUCUAAAAAUAGUUUUGUUUAUAUCCUGCACAGAGCCCGACCUUCACCUCAAAACCUGCCAUGUUUCGGUCUGCUGAUGUCGUAAUUGCUGCUACGGUGGGGAAAGCAUGAGAAGGACUUCAGCGAAAGUGUGUCUUUGAAGAACACGAGGAAAUUGACAAGAGAAAUAAAAGCUGGAAAAAGAAAGCUGAGCUCAGAGGACCACAGACAGGCGUGAGGAGUGAAGGCGUUGGGGAUGGGGUUGAAGAGCCAAAGGAGGGCGUCAUGGUUCACAGCGGCUCUGCAUCCCCAAUGAAAACAACACCAUCGGCAUCGCCUCAUUUGACCGUCUCGGCCACAGCACCUACUUUAGCUCCUCUCGUGCCCCCCUCUACAGAUCAGGACCUCGCCCCCACCCCUGCCAAACUCCUCGCAACUGAUCUUACUUCCAGCUCUGAUCCAACCCAGCCCUCCACUCCAACUCCUGCUGAUGCUGAGCCUCCCGUUGUGACCCCUGCGAAAGCGCCCACUUCUAACUCCAGCCAGGCUUCAGCCAGGACCUCAACACCGUCUCAGACCCCUGUUCAAGCGCAAGUCAACGGCCGCACGUCAGGCAGGAAGAGGACUCCUAAAGCCUGUGACUGCUGUGGCCCCAACGGCAAAAGACAUGAUGUCAGUAUAUCAGACAGAGGCAGAGGGAGGGGGAGAGCGAGGGGAAGAGGAGCAGGAGUCGAGGGGUUGGAUACCCCGAAACGAAAAGUGGUUGGCCUGCUGACAAAAAGCUGGAGUUUGGAUUUGACCAAGGAGGAAGUGGAGGAAGCAGAGGAUGACGUUGACAACUAUGAGGUGGUACAAAAAACUCCAGUAGAGGCUGAUGGUCGGGUAAAAACACCUGCUACCCUCCCUGACACAGUUUCCCAGCAGGAUGGACCAACAAAGAUCAAUUCUGCUCAAGUCAAAGAGGACGUGCAGAAAAAGGAGGAGUUCUCAGAAGAGGGGUCACGGGGUGACGGCACAGGAGGGAAAGAAGGGGGUGAUAGCAGAGAUGUGGAGGUGAGACACUCAGGAUUGGCAACAGCAGUUCGAGGUAGAGGAAGGGGAAGAAGGGGAGGCAUGUCUGCAUCAAAAGUGGAAGCAGGUUUAAGUGGCGUUUCAACCACCCCUUAUAGGUCGUUCGCCAUACCUCGAUCCAUGCUGAUGCCUUGGAAGGUGAAAGAUGUCUGUGUGAAGGAGCCCGACCAUAAAACCGUGAAAUCUUCACUCGGAAAUGGAGACACUGUUAACCUUUCUGACUCUGAGCCUGAAGAGGAAGCGAAGGACGGCGUCAUCACUGUGAGAGAAAUGGAAAAUGGAGUUCUGUCGGUCUCACAGAGGCCAGAGUCUCCUCUGGACCUGGACUCCGAGAUGCAGGAGGACCAGACCGCUAACAAAACAGACUCAGAAUCUGUAGCAUUAACUCUAUCCAACGGAGAUGUCACUACGCCGACGAAUGAGGACCACGAUCCCACGUUAAUGGACGUGGUAACUUCUUCACAUCCAGUCAAAGCUGUUCGUCUGUGCCAGGAUCCUAUCACACUAGACAACACUCAGCAUCGCUGGGCUUUAAGAGACCACUGGCGGUACUGUCAGCCCGGAACCUGGGAGAGGGAGGCGAUAGAAGAAGAGUCCAGACCAGAGGGGGAAGGAAAGACACAGGAUGAAGAAAACCGAGAGCAGCUUACUCAUCUGGUCCACGGUAAGUCUUCUCUAGAGACUCGCUCAGUUUUUCAAUGAAAUAUAGUAAAUGAUUCAUCAACUUCAGAGCCGAGGGUAUCUUUGCAUGUCAUGUGACAUCCAUAACACGUGUUAAAUGUUUAUCUCUGAACGCACAGCAGAGGCAUUCAGUUUGGAGAGUUCAGUGGCCUCAGAGUCAGUGUUGGGACCGUGGGAAUAAAAAACACUAACAGAACUGGACACAUCUCCCCAAAACAACCUGUUUUUAUUGUUGAGCUCAAGGUGUCACGAUGAGGGGAUUUCUUCUUUCAUGUUUCAGAGUUUCUAGAAAGCUUCUACAUCAAGUACGGCGGUUUCAUUCCUCUCACUGAGACUGAUGUCCUGGAGCACCUGAAGGAGAGCGGCAACUCUGACCUCAGCAACAGGUGGGUGUCAAACACACACACACACAGAUCUACACCGUAGACUGUAUAUACUAUGGACAACUUGGUUCCGCCUACCGCCUGUGAACGGAUUUGAAGCCAAAAAGCUCUCAGUAUUUCCGGGAUUUUUCUUCAUUUCCUGAAACCAGUGCUGCCCAGUAGUGUUCUACGCAUUCAGCGGGAGAGUCGCCGAGAGUUGCUGUGAUGACACUCGGCUCAAACAGCGUAUCCCCCGGGUGAGCUACACAAUUGUGCUACGCCCAUAGGCUGUAUCAGGUGUCAAUCAUAGGAAACUUGAACCCCCUAAUAACUUUUAAAAACGGAGCUGUACAGAAAAAAAGAGGACAAACCUGUCUUACAGUAACUACAUGUCAACACCGCAAGCAGCGGGGAAACAAUUUAUGUACUGUGUGAUAAAUUUCUUAAGUUUGUCCACAGCCCCAUAAACUUUGCUGGCGGAGGCGGGAUUUAUGAUCUAUACUGCAGCCUGUCACCAGAGGGUGCUGUUCUUAGAGUGGCUUCACCCAGCAAGGAGGCAGACGCUGUCCAUUCUGUAUACAGUCUAUGAUCUACACUGUGUUUUAACAGUUAAAUAUUAUACUGUUUUAAAAAAUUAAGUACGUUAAAGCAGAAAGUGACCAGAAUCUCAAAAUCAUACACCAUAAUAUUUAGAUUUUGCUGAAACUUGACGUAUCUGUUGAGCUUACUUUGUCACAGUAAAUAAGAAAACUCUUCUGUAUUCCAUUUUUGUUGAAUAAGUAAUAAGUAUUCAGACAUAAUGACACAGAUGUAAGAAAACAUCGAAGGUCGGCCAGAAGACUGUACUCAGAGAAACUGGUUCAGGAACCCUUCAGCAGCUUCCCUCUCCUUUUUCCUGGAAAGUUAUUUUUAAUCUCUGACCUUGUAGCGUCUCCGUCCUUAUCUGAGUCCAUCAUAUUCUUUUUCAUUUCUUUGAAGAUAUGAGAAACCCCUUCAGGGCUUUGCAUAAGGUUUCUUCUCUUGAUGUGUUUUCUCUUUUAGGGAACUGGACAUCAAAGGGGAGAUGAGUCGAUACCGGGCAGCGUUGGCCUCCGCUCCCGUCGCGGGCUUCAUGGUGACGUAUAACAAACACACCCUGAGCCUGGAGGACCUGGGCACGCUGGAGGAACAGAACUGGCUAAAUGACCAGGUGAGGAGGGAUGGAGGAGGUCACCGCUACAGAAAUGCACCGUCAUUUUUGACCUUAAUCUUUCUUCCGAGUUAUAAAACCUCUCAACAGAAACUGCCAACUCACUGACCCCAAUUAUUAUCUAACAGGGGUUUUGUGUUUGUUUUAAUUUCCUGAAUGAGAGUAUGUCUGUGUGUCUGCAUAGAUAGACAAGUAUAUAUGCUUGUUGUAGUGUUGUAUGUUCUUGUAUAUGUUUAAAAGAAGACCAGAAAGGUCAUCUGAGCAAGGCCCUAAGAAGUUGACUGAAGAAAUCAAAAAGCAUCUUUGUGUGAGAAAGUCUGUAACUCUCCUUCUUUGCUGUUCAGAUAAUCAACAUGUACGGAGAACUCAUCAUGGAGGCGACACAGCACAAGGUAAGAGAGUCUUUCUUGGACUUACUUGGAAAUAUUGUCAUUUUGGUUUUAUCACAAUGUUCACAGAGUAAUCUUUCUUCCUUUCUUUCUUUCUCAGGUUCAUUUUUUCAACAGCUUUUUCCACAAGCAGCUGGUUGCCAAGGGUUAUGAAGGAGUGAAGAGGUGGACUAAAAAAGUAAGAGGAAAGACACAGCUGUUCAAAAUGAUCUAAAAAAAAUUUGCAGUUCUACUUUUACCUGAAAGUUAUCGGAACUGAAAAUAACCGAGAGUUUUUUCCCCUUAAUGUUUUUCAUCGUUUACUGAUCAUUUCCUGAUAAUCUGACCUUUAAUGGGAUCGUUUCAGGUUGACCUGUUCUCCAAGUGGCUGUUGCUAAUUCCCAUCCAUUUAGAAAUCCACUGGUCGCUCAUCACGGUUACCAUGGCAACCAAAACCAUCAGCUACUACGACAGCCAAGGCAUCGUCUUCAGGCAUACCACGGAUGUGAGUGUCUCCGUACACAUGGACAUUUCUGCAUAGUUAAAGUUUGAGAUGCUGAAACGUUUUUCAACUUUGUGAAACAAUCGAGUACCAAUGACAUUUUAUAUCAUGAGUAGGUUACAGCAUACUUGAAUAUUAGAUUUGUAGAUUAAUGCUUGAAGCUAUAUCUGUAACUAUGCUCCUAAAGGUCCAGGUGGAAGUGAGAAGACUGACACAACAGAAGCACACAAACCAUCGUCAUAUGAGAAAUCCAACGCUAUGACUCUCCAAGAGUUGUCCUUUAGGUCGUUAUCUUUGUAAUGUUUGUGUCUUUUAUUAAAAAUCACUCUGUCCUCCGACAUGUAAACAAUCAGUCGGUCAGCCAUGUUGGAUAAACCGGUGAAUCAGUAACAACACGCAAUCUGAUUGGUCAGAAGUGGACACACAGUAUGCGAAACUUUGAAAAAUCGACAGUGAUACGAAAAAAUAAAUGCCGCAAUAUCGCAGGAAGGGAAAAGUGUCGCUGAUGUGAACACUUGUAUUGACAGGAUACGGUUUUGAAAAAAAAUGUUGACGUCCGAAAUAAUCGCACAACAAAAACAGUCCUGGUGUGAAAGGACCUUAAGAGUUUUUAUUUCCGCAUUAAAAUUGUUCUGAUCUUAGACCUACAGUUAUGAUUUAAAAUUAAGACUUCUUAAAUUUUCAGAUCCAGUGAGUGACUUUUGGUUUGAGUCAUUUUUGGCGCACCCUGCUGGUGAAGCAGCACCUACUGUUUCUUGGCUUAUUUACAAAAAUCUCAUUUAUUUCUCAAAAAAGUCACAAAAAAGCAAAUCAAACGUUUCACAUACGAAGAAUCUUUGAUGUGGAAAAUGAAAGAAAGGGGACAGUUUUGCAGGGUGGAGAUAAUCACCUCACCUGACACAUACACCUUCCUCCCUCAGGUUGCAUUAUCAGACAUUGAAAGAAACUACAAAGAAAUGAUCGAGCUUUAUACUCAUGGUCUAUUUUUGCUUUUGAAGGCCGUCAAGAGGCCUCUGUAUUAUUUCCAGCCUGUUUUAUAACCAGCUAAAAACCUCUCAGUGGAGCUUUAACGUCACUGGAGAGUGUCUAUUUCUCUGCUUCUUGCCCUCCACUGUCCUUCCUUGAAACUAUUCUUUUCCUGGCACCACUGUUAGCUUGGCCUAACUCUGUCCUGUGUGUGUGUUUUUGGCUCCCUGUCAGAACAUCUUAAAGUACCUUCUGUCUGAAGCCAAAGAGAAGAAACAGACAGCGUUCCAGAAAGGCUGGAAGAUCACCAUCAUCAAGGUAACUCUGAACCCUGAACCCUGACUGUGAGGACUAUUUGAAUGUGCUCUCACAGUGAAUUUUGAGUCUGUUUUAUACAAUAAUCAUCACAAAGACUAAAUAUUAGAUAUGUCAAAUACUAAAACACAAACUGUUCAGAUGUCUCUUAUCUCUGUGACUUACUUUGCCUGACUUGACUCUCUCUAGGGGAUCCCUCAGCAGAAAAACGACAGUGACUGUGGAGUUUUCGUCCUUGAGGUGAGACUUUAUUCUUUCCUUUCAUUUCAGCUGCCUUCAUCUCCUCUUCUUUAUUUCCUCUCCUCACCUCAGGGCUCAGUUUGCCGCCCUCUCUUAGCUUUAACUUCUUCCUAACACGCACGAUCUUACAUCGAUCUGUGUCAACAUUGUCUUUGCUUUUCUUACACAAACUGGACACCACAAGGGGGUAGAAGAAAACAUUGUAAUUGCAAAUGAGCUGUGGUCGAGUUGCGGAUGAUUUUUCCUCACUGCCUGUUUUUUUUCUGUCUGCCAGUACUGCCGCUGUCUCUCUGUAAAGCAGCCUCUGCAGUUCAGUCAGGAGGACAUGCCUCGGAUACGCAAGAGAAUCUACAAGGAGCUGUGCAACUGCCACCUCAACAAGUAAACGACUGAACAGACGCCGCCUGACAUUCGUAACAGUCUGCUAAAGUGCGUAAGAGGACCUGUUUCAAUGUCAGCCUGUUACAUAAGCUAACACGACCUCGCCGUUUGUCAGCCACAGAGCUCUGACUGCUCAUUUUACCUGUUUGACUGACAGUAGAGGGGCGGGACUUCAGGACUUAAGGAGUUGAAUCACAGCCUGUAGCAAAGUAGAUUUUUACUCGCAAAGAACUACUGACGUGGCCCCCUACUGACCCGAAAAAGUGCCGGACCCCCAAACCCAUCAGGAUGUCUUUGCGGUCUACAUUCACACAGCUGUGAUGUGUUUGCGUCCACAUUCAAACAGCCACCUGUAGUUAAGGUGUCGGUAGAUCUCUGACUUUGACUUAAGGACACAGGCGUCGGACCAGCCUGGACCAAUGGGGCGGAGCUUCCAUCCCAGUUAGAGUGGCCUUACCUCUUGGAUGGCCAUUUUAACCCUUAAUGACAUUUUUAUCUGUUUGUUUUAUGCUGGACUCUUCAGCAGUAUCAAGCUUACUGUUAUUGCCUGUUUUCUAACGUGAAUAAAGAUAGUAUGUGCAAAUCAGUGGACCAGACGUUCACUUAAAACUUGAAGGUUUCUUUCUCUCUCUCUUGGACUUCAGAUCUUGUAACAGUGAGAGGCCGAUCUAUUGAGGAGAUAUCAACUUGAAUGUAUUGAUCACGUAUUCUUCCUGGCUGCCUCAGAAGGUUGGAGUAUCAGCACCAAACAGGCUCAUGGCACACUCAGGCUGUGGCUUGAAACAGGGAUUUAAUUUAAAAGUUGGGUUUUGUUUCAAAUGUGAGGUUUUCCACACCUUACUCUACAUGAUUUCCAGUUUUUUUUUCCGCCACAUUUUUUCCUGAUUUUUGUUGUUUUGCUGUGAUCACACCCACCAUGGUUUUGCACAAGUGUUUUCUCCAGCCGUCUGGUACAGUUUUUGAAUAUCAAUUCAUCAGUUUCAGUUGUGUCUCAUGCUGGUUUGUAAAUUUCACAUGGAGCUGCUGAUGUGAGGACCACCGAUUUUUGAUUUUAACCGAGCAUUAACUCUUUGGUAAUAUUUCAGGGCCGUCGUCUUCACAUGGAUGCUUUAUCAGGGUUGCAGAGCAUCAUUGUUACAGACUGGCCGCCUCUUUACAGUGAAACAAGUGGACCUCAGCUGUUUGAUUUCAUCCUCUGUCCAACAGGAUUUCGUUAUUAUAUUCACAUCUAUAUAUAUAUUUGCAGAUUGUAUUGUAAUUUUACUGGUCUACUACUGUACACGCUUGCUUUGGCUGAAAACCACAAAGGUUUCUGGACUGUUUAUAUUGUUCUUAUUAAAGGCUGAUACUGCUGGGAAAUUUUGAAGCUGUUAUUAGUUUUGAAUAAGUGUGCGCAGGUGAGAUUCACAAGGUCAGGAAAAUGCUUUUAGAGCAAGGACGUAAAAGGAGAACGUUUUCUUAACGCUGCAGGAUUAAUUAAAAACACUCGUCUAACCAUGUCCAAUUUAAACACGGUGCCUGUUUUCUCAGUUUCUGCUCUGAGAUGUCUUCUAUGAAUAAAAAUGAACAGAUCCUUUCCUGAAA